GACCUCGUGAUCAAUAUUUACGGAAGUGUUGCCUCGUCCUGACCUGAAGUUAUUUCUCUGUCUCAGUCGUUUUGUGUCGUUUAAUGUAAUUGUUUUUAAAUAUAACUCGGUGUCACUCGUCACAGGGGCAGAUGUUGCUUCAACUCUGACUGAGCUUUACAGUAACGUGUGCUAACCUGUUAGCUAACAAACUGUAACAGGAACAACUGACGUUAGCUAACGUUAACGUUAGCAUGUUACCGCAGAGCCAGCGAUAACUGCCCUUCAGUUACUCUGCUGCGGUUCGUGGUCUUGUCGUUGUCGGCCCGGGUGUGUGGAGGUCGUUUAGAGUCGUUUUGAUUCAUCCGGUAUUUAUUCUGCUCCCGUUUCUGUAACCGUUAACGGAAGCUAACCGUUAGCCUGUUAGCACGAUGGGAGCCGAACAGAGCGGAGACUCGGAGCACAAACACUCGGACUACAGCUCAUCAGUGGUGCCCUCCCCGGCAAAGCAGAAAGCAAAGAUGGAUGAUAUCGUGGUCGUGGCUCCGGGGACACAGUCAAUGAGAAAUAUCCACAACGACCCAGACGUCAUCAAACUCCAGGAGAUACCCACAUUUCAGCCGCUGUUAAAAGGAGUGCUGAGUGGCCAGACGUCACCCAGCAGUGUGUGUCUAGAGAGGCUGGACGCCGCCCAGGUUCUGCAGCUCUGCAUUCGCUACCAGGACCACCUCCACCAGUGUGCCGAGGCCGUGGCCUUCGACCAGAACGCACUGGUCAAGAGGAUCAAAGAGAUGGACUUGUCGGUGGAAACUUUGUUCAGCAUCAUGCAGGAGCGCCAGAAACGCUACGCCAAGUAUGCCGAGCAGAUCCAGAAGGUCAACGAGAUGUCCAUGAUCCUGAGACGCAUCCAGAUGGGCAUCGACCAGACGGUGCCACUGAUGGAGCGCCUCAACAACAUGCUGCCUGAGAGCGAGCGCCUGGAGCCUUUCAGCAUGAGGCCCGACGGCGACUCUGUCACCAAGUAGCCUCCUGAAAGCCGACGCAGCUGCUCCUCACCUGAGUCUCCACCCAGACCUGCGGCCAGGAGGAAAUGCAGGUCUGUCCAGCUGUAGGGAUUACACAUUAAGGUUUUUGUGUCACAGUAGAGCUGAGGUGUAAAUGUGUCAGACUGAUCUGUGACAGCUCUCUACGUCAAGUCUUUCUAUUCUCUCUGCUGAGCACAUGUCAGCAACAUCAUGUUUGCUGUCACAUCUUAAACUCGUACAUGAAUUUAACCUUCUGCUCCUGGCUGCUUAGAGAAACUGCAGAGGGCCUCUACAGGGAAUCAAACCAGCAACCCUCCAUUCACACGCUUUCCUCACUAAUCUAAAGGCAGGGGAGGAACAAACACUUCUGAGUCAGAGUGAACUCGAAAUGCUCAAAAACUUCUCCUGCAGAUGUGUUGCAGGUUUUAGAGAUUCAGAUGGGACUGAGUGACAAAAAAAAAAAUCUUGAACUUCCUGUGGGCUGAUUCUGGAUAUUGAACUUCGCUUUACAAAUAUUUGUCGCCUGUGAUCCUGAAGUUCAUCUCGCUCCGACGCCACGUGCCUCACCAACUGUGUGGAGAUCCCUUCAUGAACUUCCUGCUUUUAGUUUUCUGAACAAUAUGAUGCAUCAUUGUAGAAUAUUAUGAAGCAGAGACUCACAGAGAACCCAGACGGUUUACUGCUGUUGGAUACGUUGGGAGUAACAUUGGGAGUAAACUGGGAAACCUCGUCUUGGACAGAAGAUAUUUAAUAUUCUCAUAAACUGAUGAGAAAACUUUAAUUUAUUUGGAUACUCUUGUUAUUUUCAUGUGAAACCAUGAAGAACAUGACACAGAGGAGCGACCAGAGACCCUGACACUUUAGAUUCAGAUCAGUACAGAAGACGGACGCAGAGGAGGACAAAAUCAUUUUAGCAAGUUGCCACACCUGUUCAGGCUUCAGCAUUAUCUAUAUAUGUUUUUAAGCUUUGUCAUCACACGCCAAAGAUUCACACGUCCUCACAGCUGGUUAACAACAUGUAGCACUUUAACAACAGUCGGUCAUGUCUUUGGUCUCUGAGGAGAGUGAUCAUGUUAACGUCUCUGCUUCAUCUGUUGAAUAUCUGUUUCUGUGUCUCAUGUUGUGCUCGUCAGGUUUAAAGGGUCAGUUCACCCAAAUUAUUAGGAAAUAAUCUCUCUUACCUGUGAAGGUUUCAGUCUGUGCGCAUGGUUUUAGUUUCAUUUCUUCAGGUUUUCUGCCACCACAGCUCAGUGAGAGGUGACUCAAGUUUAUUACACAGCAAUAAAGAAUUACAUGAAUCAACAGCAGCAUCUUUGGAGAAAAGGUUCGUCUGUUACUGAGGAUCAUCCACAAAACAAGUUGUCAACGGUUUUAAUAUAGACUAUUUGUCAAAGGUCCAGUGUGGAGGAUAAAGGAGCAGAAAUUAUAUAUAAUAUUAAUAACCAGUGGCAGCUGAAACGCCGACAAAACAUCUGUAGCUAGCUCAGAACAUCAGAUUUCAGCAUCAGUAUUAUUUUAGAGCCUCAUGUCUCCCAGAGAGCAAAACGUUACAGCGAUCUGUCUCAGUCUUCUGUUGAUUAUCUUUGAGAAAUGAUCCCACUGAUGACCAGUAGUGCGAACUUUAAUAUUUACAACUAUUUGAUUGAAUCACCAGGUGGAUCAUGAGUUUACGUGACAAAGAUCAAAACCAGGCGUCACAGCUCCGUUAGCUCUUGUUUGUAAAAAUGUAGUUAUGGUUUCUUCACCAUGUUGUUGGUGCGUCCCACCACAAACCAGCUUUUAGGUAUUUUUGUGUUGUUUGCCAGCAGAUGUAAACGUCAGGAAAGAAACAGUCACUCAGUACAGAGUCAGUGGAGAGCGGGACUGAAAUAUGUUCUGUCUCUGUUCCCACCAAUCAGCCAAAAAGCCACUGGAAUAUAAAGCAGAGUAGAAUCACCUCUUCUUCAGUAACUUACCCAUCUUCCUACCAGUACACCACCUCAUCCACCACCACUACACCACUGUUAAUAAUUACAUACUACACUAACAGACUGCAGUUUACCUUUAUAGUGUUUGGUGGCAGCAGAAAUCUCAACACCUGUUGAAAUAAAAUCAAACCUGUGGUACAAAAAGCAUGGCUGAAUACCUUAAACUGUAAGUGAGAAUUUUUAGUUUUUCUAAUUUGUGUGAACAGACACUUAACGCACCUGAUCCUGGGUCAGUCUGCAGUGUGGCAAUAAAACAUAAGACGCUUGAAAUAAGGAGAUAAAUGGUGUUGUUAUUGCAGCAGUGUGUCAGUGUUGGUCUGUGUUAAUCCACAGGAUGGUGCCAGAGGAAACGCAACGCAGUCUGAGGCGUCUUCACACAAUGUGAGGGUGAAACUCUUUAACAGAGCUGUAGUGUCAUGUUCUGAUGUUUAUCCCUUUUUCAUUAACUAUCCUAAACCUGUCCGUGCAGCUGACAGUCAGUAGCUUUCAGUGAACAGUCUGAUUGUUAAUAGUUUUGAGUGGCUCAGAUUCUCUCGUCAGACUUUUAUAUUUCGGUGUUUCUUCGAGCUCACAGAGACAGAUCUUACUUUAGAGCUGCAACAAACUAAUUUGAUAAUUCAUUCUUUCAUUUCUGUCAUUUUUAAUACACUGAACAUCUGCUGAUUCUGACCUCUGAUAUUUGAUGAUUUGCUGCUUUUCUUUGUCACAUAUGAUAAAAAUUAUUAGUUUUAAUCCUCCUACAGACGGUGAGACUUUAUCAGUCUAAGUUUAGUGCAGCUACACUGUGCCACAUGGAUCUGAUCAACUUGGUAUGACAUCAGGUUUGAUGUCUGCAGAUUGUACGAUGACAGCGCCGACUGAAUCACAGGCUACGACGUGCGAUGUCGCAGCUUCAUAUACUGAGUGAUGCUGCAGGGUUAUUACCGCUCCAACAUAGACGCUUCACACACAGUUUCAAGAUUAGUCACCA